CUUGUUGUUGCACGCGCAGUGCAGCUGUCAUGUGAUAGCUGCUUCUGCUGAGUGUUUCCAACAGUAGCUGCCCAAACUCACCUCUUUUGAUGAAGUCCAAAUAACGCUCAAGCCCGAUUGUAUGUUUGUUGUUACGGACGGCUGCUUUCUGCGGGAAAACCGGGAAGCCGGAGUGCACCGGACGCUGCCAUGGGCUGUUGUUACAGCAGCGACAACGAGUCUGCAGAGCAGGAUAAUGAACGCAAGCCGCUGAUCACCCACCCAAACCCUGUCAGCAAACCCCCAAAUGGCACGGACUGGAUCACUCCUACCGUCCCCUCAGCCCGAACAGAUGAGCAGGCGCUGCUCACAUCCAUCCUCACCAAAACUGCACAGAACAUCAUUGACGUGUCGGCAGCCGACUCGGUCAUGAUGGAGCAGCAUGAGUAUAUGGACAAAGCUCGGCAAUACAGCACCAAGCUUGCUGUUUUGAGCAGCAGUAUGCCCCAGAAGAAAGCCCUGGCUCUCCCCUCCCUCACUAGCCAGCCCCACCAAGUGCUCGCCAGCGACCUGGUGCCAUACUCGGAUGUUCAGCAGGUAUCCAAGAUAGCGGCAUAUGCCUAUAGUGCAAUCUCUCAAAUCAAAGUGGAUGCGAAAGAAGAACUAGUGGUUCAGUUUGCCAUUCCUUGAACUGACAACUCUGGGCUGCGUAUGGCUCCUCCCAUCAUUGAGUACGUCCCUGCCGUGCCUGCAACCACACCCUUCUCUCCGGCCAUUUAUCAAAUUGUCACAGUCGGCGCCACGUAGCAUCACAACGGCCAUCUCGUCACACAAAUCAAAAGUCAGUGAGAAGUUGUCAACUCCCAUCCACAUCAUGGGCCUCCCUUGAAUCACAAAAUAAGCAUAAUAAAAUGUGCAAGUUCUGCCAUUGAUCCUGCUAGCUGUUCUUUGUUACAUCAAAUUUGUUUACAAAGUUGAAUUUUGGAUAUCCAGCUGAAGAAUUCUGAUAUUAUAUACAAAAUAAGUAAAAACUGUCAUUGGUAACCGUUUCAACUCAAGAUCAAACGCAAUACAUUAAUUUCUGGGAGGCUAAUUGACGGGUUAUUAUUUUGCACAUUUCCACUUGGUGAGGUUGCAAUAGGCUUCACUACACUGAAGUUCCAUAAAGGUUCUAAUCCCAUAAAACCUGUGUAGCACUGGAGGCCUACGGUUGGAGGGGGGGGGGGGGGGGGGACUUGGGGAGGGCGUGUUGGGAAAGGUGUGUAUUAUUUUUUUGCCUUUUUUGUACAGAAUUUUCUGGCUAAUUCUAAAGCUGAAGAUGAUUGUAGAGGGUGUUUUUUGGAAAGUUCGCAAUUGGCUGUGAUCGAUGACAACCAUUUUUAUGAAAACCAAUAACACUUUGUCAGUUUUCAAACCAAGCUUUUUGCUGCCGAUUGUACUAUGAGUGAUUUGUUUGUAUUAAUCAAAAACUAACCGUUGGAGAAGUGUGGGGAGAGCGUUAACAAUCCAUCGUACCGCAACAGAUCAAAGGAUCCAAAAGCUUUUUGAGAUUAUUUAUUUUGUGUUUUUAAAUGUACAGAAAACACGCAAGGGAGCAGAGUGAGAUGCUCUGAAGGGAUCUCGUGCAAGGCUGGGAUUGUCUUAGCCGCACAUUUGAGCUUUCUGUAAUGGGUUCUUGGCAUUUUUUCCACCCAUUUAUUGCUUUGUUUCUCGGAUAUGUUAUACUAGCUGAAAUAUAUUUGUAAUAUCUUAGGCUAGUACCAAAAAAAGACCCCGUUUUUGUUUUGUUUAUUAAUUCAAUAAAAACCUUCAACAGCU